GUUUGGACCUUUUGGGGGGUUCCUCGACCUCAGAAUUUCCCAACUUGCUUGCACCCACCCAUCCGCAGACCGUGUUCUCCCCAGCCUACCUUGUUCCUAUCGCGAAUUGCAGCCACGAGGCGUGCAAUUAUCACCAGAGUCUACCGGAGUCCUUGGAGACAUUUGCUUAUCGCGUGAGACAGCUUCGCCCGCACGAGCGCGUCUAAGUCGUCUAAGUCGCGUUCCCCUGCCAAACCCUCGGCGAGGGCACCGCAGCCGACAUGGCUCCCCGUUCGCGGCAAAGCGGCAACGACAGCGACGCGUCGAUGCCUGAUGCGCCUGUACCCACCCACACUUCCCAGACCGUCGACGAUAUGGAUGUCGACGAGACCCCCGACUACACAGACUCCGACACGAAUCCAAAUACCACUGCCAGCAGUGUUGCCGGCGAACCCGUCAUCGAUGGCCGCAAGCGGCGCUCAGAAGCCAACCAGUUACGUCGUAGUAUAUUUGGCAAGAAGCACGACAGGCUAGGCGAGUCAAAGGAGGAUGACACACUUCGUCGAUUCCGUUACCUUCUGGGUCUCACCGACCUGUUUCGCCACUUCAUCGAGACGAACCCGAACCCCAAAAUCCGCGAGAUCAUGGCCGAGAUCGAUCGCCAGAACGAAGAGGCAGCCAAGCAGAAGAAGGGCGGCGGUCGCCAGGGCGGCGCCACUAGCGAGAGGCGCCGGCGGACCGAGGCCGAGGAAGAUGCCGAGCUGCUCAAUGACGAGAAGCAUGGAGGGUCCGCCGAGACGGUCUUCCGCGAGUCACCUGCCUUCAUCCAUGGCACCAUGAGGGACUACCAGAUAGCCGGCUUGAACUGGCUGAUCUCGCUGCAUGAGAACGGCAUCUCCGGAAUCCUGGCCGACGAAAUGGGCUUGGGCAAGACCCUGCAGACGAUCGCCUUCUUGGGUUACUUGCGCCACAUCAUGGGCAUCACGGGUCCGCACCUGAUCACAGUUCCCAAAUCUACCUUGGACAACUGGAAUCGAGAGUUUGCCAAAUGGACACCCGAGGUCAACGUGCUCGUCUUGCAGGGCGCCAAAGAGGAGCGUCAUCAGCUCAUCAAUGAGCGGCUCGUGGACGAGAGCUUCGAUGUCUGCAUCACCAGUUACGAGAUGAUCCUCCGCGAGAAAGCCCACUUGAAAAAGUUCGCGUGGGAGUACAUCAUCAUCGACGAGGCGCACCGUAUCAAGAACGAGGAGUCAUCGCUGGCUCAAGUGAUCCGCAUGUUCAACUCGCGGAAUCGCCUCUUGAUCACCGGCACGCCUCUCCAGAACAACCUGCACGAACUGUGGGCGCUCCUCAAUUUCCUACUUCCCGAUGUGUUUGGCGAUUCGGAGGCUUUCGACCAGUGGUUCUCGGGCCAGGACCGGGACCAGGACACGGUGGUUCAGCAGUUGCACCGAGUCCUCCGGCCUUUCCUGCUUCGCCGUGUCAAGAGCGACGUGGAGAAGAGCCUGCUUCCCAAAAAGGAGGUCAACGUCUACGUCGGCAUGUCGGAAAUGCAGGUCAAAUGGUACCAAAAGAUUCUCGAGAAGGAUAUCGACGCCGUGAAUGGCGCGGGCGGGAAGCGCGAGUCCAAGACGCGGCUGCUUAACAUCGUCAUGCAACUGCGGAAGUGUUGCAACCACCCCUACCUCUUUGAGGGCGCUGAGCCGGGCCCGCCGUAUACCACUGACGAGCACCUGGUGUACAACUCCGGAAAGAUGCUCGUCCUCGACAAGCUGCUGAAGAGGCUGCAGAAACAGGGCAGCCGCGUGCUCAUCUUCUCUCAGAUGAGUCGUUUGCUGGAUAUUCUGGAGGACUACUGCGUGUUUCGGGGUUAUAAGUACUGCCGCAUCGACGGCAGCACCGCGCACGCGGAUCGUAUCGCCGCCAUCGACGAGUACAACAAGCCGGACUCGGACAAGUUCAUUUUCCUGCUGACGACGAGAGCCGGCGGUCUCGGCAUCAAUCUGACGACGGCCGACAUCGUUGUCCUCUACGACAGCGAUUGGAAUCCGCAGGCUGAUUUACAGGCCAUGGACCGAGCUCACCGCAUCGGCCAGACGAAGCAGGUGGUCGUCUACCGUUUCGUGACGGACAACGCCAUCGAGGAGAAGGUUCUGGAGCGCGCGGCCCAGAAGUUGCGCCUCGAUCAGCUGGUCAUCCAACAAGGCCGUGCCCAGGUUGCUACCAAGGCCGCUGCCAACAAGGACGAACUCCUGUCCAUGAUCCAGCACGGCGCAGAGAAGGUGUUCCAGACCAAGGGCGCUUUUGGAGCGCUUGCGGAGAAGGGUGGCGAGCUGGACGACGACGAUAUCGACAAGAUCUUGCAGGUUGGCGAGACACGCACAAAGGAGCUCAACGCCAGGUACGAGAAGCUUGGCAUCGACGACCUCCAAAAGUUCACGUCGGAGUCUGCGUACGAAUGGAACGGAGAGGACUUCGCAGCGCGCAAAAAGGAUAUCGGCAUCAACUGGAUCAACCCUGCCAAGCGUGAGCGCAAGGAGCAGAUCUACUCGAUCGACAAGUACUACAAGCAGGCUUUGCACACCGGCGGCAGGACAGCCGAAGCGAAGCCCAAAGCGCCCCGGGCUCCGAAACAAAUACCGGUCCACGACUACCAGUUCUAUCCUCCCAGACUCCGUGAUCUCCAGGACAGGGAAACUGCGUACUAUCGCAAGGAGAUCGGGUAUAAGGUUCCGCUGCCCGAAGGCGAUGACGAGAACUUGUCGGAACGCGAGGCCGAGAGAGCCCUCGAUCAGCAAGAGAUUGACAACGCCACUCCUCUCACCGAGGAGGAACAAGAGGAGAAGCAACGGCUUGCUCAGCAAGGAUUCGGCGACUGGAACCGCCGUGACUUCCAGCAGUUCAUCAAUGGCUCGGGGCGUUACGGGCGCCACGACUAUGCGGGUAUUGCAACGGAAGUCGACAGCAAGACCCCCGCAGAGGUUAAGGCGUAUGCCAAGGUGUUCUGGCAGCGGUACACCGAAAUUGCCGACUACGCCAAGUACAUCAAGAUCAUCGAGGAUGGCGAGGAGCGGAUGCGCAAAAUUGAGCACCAGCGCAAGAUGCUGCGCAAGAAGUUGUCUCAGUACCGCGUCCCCUUGCAGCAGCUCAAGAUCAAUUAUUCCGUGUCCACCACCAACAAAAAAGUGUACACGGAGGAGGAGGACCGAUUCUUGCUCGUGCUUCUCGACAAGUACGGCGUGGAUUCGGAGGGCAUCUACGAGAAGAUCCGGGACGAGAUCCGGGAGAGCCCGCUCUUCCGUUUCGACUGGUUCUUCCUGAGCAGGACACCGACGGAGCUCAGCCGUCGCUGCAAUACUCUUCUCACGACCGUUGUCAAGGAGUUUGAAGACGUGAACACCACCAAGCCGAACGGUGUGCACGGAAAACUCAAGCGGGAGCCGGACGAUGAUGAGAACGACGAGGACAGCAUCCUGGGCUUGGCACCGGCUAAGAAGAAGUCCAAGGCGCAAAGUGUUAAGAAUAAGGCUCUCGACAAUGUCAAGUCGGCAGCUGGCAGCAAGGCCAACUCGACAUCUCCCUCGCGGGCGUCCAGCGUUGCAUCGACAAACUCGAAUGCCGCUGGCUCAAAGGCCAAGUCCAAGGGCAAGAAGAAAUAGAUGUCAGGCAAAAAAUGAUGGGAGAUGGGCCUGGAGUCUGGGGCUGGGAUUGAACGGGGCUGGCGGUCUGGCAUACUGGGUGGGCGACAUUUUCUUGACUCUGUCCAGACCAACGGUAACUCUUUCGCGCUGGUGGCGCACCCGCUAGCCGCAUCGUCAUUGUGGAUGGAUCUCUGUUAUGGGGGGCUAGAUGAACAAGGGGAAAGGGCGUUUGGGGUAUUUUUUAUUGAUUUGUAGUCGUGAGAUGCUAGAGCGGCAAACUGAACACGUUUUUGAUAGCCUCGGUGCAGUGCGUCCUCAAAGCUUCUCCCCGGGUGGUGAGGAGUAAUGUGAAGUAGCCUU